AUGCCCAGGCUUCAGCAGCUCUCAGAUGAAUCUGAUGGCCAUUGUUCACAGACUACUGCGACACCCCAGGCGGAGAGCACUGAGCCUUCCAUCCACUUGAUUAACAUCACCAAAUGCCGUGCACGAGACAAGUCUUUCAAAGCAGUGGCAUCGGGGCGCAUCAAGCGACCAGUGCUGGCCUUCACCUUCCACCGGCGCCAGUCCUUGCGUCGCCUCCCGUUGGACCUGGACGGCUCCGUCGCCUCGAUGCAGGGCAGCUUCAGCACCCGAGCGGAGUCGGCACUGGGUCGCCAAAGGAGGGACCGGUGGAGUUUGCAAAGCGCUUCAGCUUGGACACCAUGGCCGCGGGCGCCAACCAAGACCCAGCCAGAUCGGUUCAGUUAUAGCCUGGAAGAUGAUUCCGAGGAUGAGGCUGUGGUCUUCAGGAAGCCUCGCUAUGUCACCAGAGAAUCCACCUGGGAAGGACUUGGCUAUUGUGGCCUGUUGGGACAUGAAUCCAUCAACGAAUCGGUGAAACUGAAACCUUCCGGCAGCUUUGAGGAGUCUCAGCUGGCGAAAGCCAUCCAAUCCCACGAGUCGCGACGACAGGAGAGGCCACCAAACGCCAAAACAGUUGAGUCCGUGGAACUGCAGCCGGAUUCUAGGGCACCCCGUUUUUGGCCUCCACCUGACCCUUCAGAAGGCUCAUUGGAUGAUGAUGGCCAUGAAAGGCAUGCUGAGUCUGAGCAUCCUACGGAAGAUCCUGUGGUUGAUCCAGAUUUGCAGCGGCCUCGCAGGAGAAGACGCCGGAAAAGACCUGAUGUAGAACAAUCACCUCAGUCAGAUCGCAGUUCUCAGUGUUCGGAACUAAGUCAGCGUUCCGGUGAACUCCUUGGUGACCUCAACCGCAGUUUGAAUGACUUGGUAACGACCCUGAAGAAUGCGAAUGUACCGAACCUAAAGACUAACACUAACAAUGCAGAUGGAUCCUCGUCUCAGGACAGCUGGAACAGUCGAAAAGGGCCUGAGCGUGGACUUCGUUUUCGAUCAGGAGCACCACCAGCUCCACCUGCAUGGCGCUAUUCCAGAGAUGAUAUCAGGAGCUUUGCAAAGUGGCAGAACAAACUGCAGGUUUGGAAGCGACAGAUCCAAGCCUACAUGCCUCUGCGUGAUGCGGCGCUGAUGUUAUAUACGAGUCUUUCUGGUGAGCCGGAGGAGGAGCUGGAGCACAUUGACUUGGAUCGUUUGCAUUCAUCUACAGGCAUUGACUAUGUGGAGAGUUUGUUGAAGAAAGGCCUGGAGACCAAGAUGGUGUACCAGAAAAGGAAGUUGAUGUCAGAGUUUGAGACCAUUGUGAGACAGAGCAAUGAGUCUAUGAGAGCUUUUGUGAACCGAUACAGAAGAGCUGAACGAGCCCUUGAGAGUGUCGGUGUCACUGCAAGUGGCAUGUACGACAGUGAGUCAAUGGGCAAUAGGCUGUUGGAGAGAUCUCGGCUGUCGCCUGAAAACGGCAGAUUGGUUUUGAUUGGAUCGGCCUUCAACUUGUCCUUCGAAGCCAUUGCUGAAAGUCUUUGCAUGUCGUUUCCAGAGCACAAGCCGCCGCCACCUUUGUUUGGAAAAGAUGGACAGCCUAUCAAAGCCUUUCAGCCAAGGCGUGACUGGUCAUCUUCAUCUUCUUCGACCUCUGCCAGCACCAGCUCAGCUGCCUCACAGUCUUCCAAAGGAAACAAGGGCAAAAGCAAGGGCUCUGGCAAGAGUGGUUUUGCUCCUCGCCAUGCUUUUGCGACUGAGCACCAGGAUCUUGAUCCGGUCGAAGAAGAACAAGAAGAGCCAGACGCUGAAUCGUACUAUGAUGUUCAAGAUGCAGUUGAACCAGAUGGUCAGCCUCAGCAGGAUGAGCCAGCUGAGGAACAUGAUGUUGAUGGAAAGCAGAAUCUGAAGGCUUUCCAAUUUGGUCGUGGGCAGCCUAUCUAUGCCAAGUUUCUGAUGGUUCGACAGCCCGUUCCUCAAUGGCUGCUCCGAUGGAAGGCACUCCUUUUGGCAGUGCUCAACUUGGAGCUCAUGACCCUUCGAUGGAUGUCUCGAAUGGUCAAAGUGGGAUUGGCGAGCCGCGUAUGGUUGACACUGAGGGAGCGAUGGGAGAUGCGACAAGAACAAGAGGUACUGGCUUCACAGAUGAGGAGCGCUCAGUACCACCCAUCGGAAUGCACCCAUCCGGAAUGGAAGAGGUACGGCAAUCCCAAGGGCAGUUUCGCCAGGUGCACCCUGUGUCACACCAGACGCAAAUGGGAUCCUCGAAAUCAAUGCUGGGAGGACAUUGGGCUCGCACAAUCGGCAAGCUCUUCUUUGCCGCAGCCCUCACCUUCAAACACUUUGCCGGCAUCCUCGACGUCGAGGUCCCUGAGAGCAACAACCUCCAAAGCCAAAGCCAAACCCAAAGCCAAGAGCCGUGGCCAUCCAUCUUCUCAGAGUCCUUUGAACGAGCCUACAGUGCAGGAGAUUCCUCAACAUGUUCUGGACAACCUCAACCUGCUCACGGCCGAGAACAUCCAUCAGAUCCACCAGGUUCAUUAUCAACGACUUUUGAACAUGGCCGCAGAGGGCCCAGAGUUGGAGAUGGAGUGGCAGGAGACAGGCAGUCAGGAAGAUCUGUACGACUGGGGCGAGGCUCGACAUGCCUUGCAGGUGGAAGCAGAUACUUAUGAAGCUCUGGCGAACAAACAUCGCUAUUCCAGGAACAAGGUCGACAUUCUGGAGACCUUUGCCGGCAAUGCUUUGGUAAGCAAGAAUGCCUCCAAGUAUGGUUUGACAGCAGCCAUGCCAUUGGACUAUAACACUGGCACUGAUCUUUCUACGGUGGAAGGUCAACACUGGUGCUUCAAAAUUCGAAAGGCCUUGCACCCACUUGUUCUUCUUCAAGGCCUUCAUUGCACUCCAUGGUUGGUCAUGCAGGAAAACAUGAACUAUAACGACCGUCCUGAGGUACUUGAAAGGAUCAGAGAUGAGGAACGACCUACGGUGGUCAAAUCCAUGGAAUGGUGCCGACAACAACAUGAUGACGGCAACUAUUACCUCAUCGAAAAUCCUGAAAGAAGCCGGAUUUGGUCGGAGGAAUCAGUCUUGGAGAUGCUUGAAUAUACCAAUGGCCAGAUCGUCAAAUGCCAUUCUGGAGCAUAUGGAGGCAAGAAUUCAAAAGGUGAACCCAUCAAGAAGACCUUCCAGUUUGCAUCCAACAAUCCCAUGCUCUUGGAGUUUUUGACCAAGAAGUUGAGCGCCGAGCAGCUUGCUUUGUGCGUUCCCCUGGAAGGCAAAGAGGUUACCUUGUCACAACAUUAUCCCAUGGGUCUAGUCCAGGCAAUUCUCAAGGGCAUCAAGAAGGUGGCUCAGUUGAGAAACCCAUGCCGUUUUCAGCCCAAGCAAGUCCUGGCUAGUUUUUCCACGCCCGUGGAUGACCAACAGAGCUGGAGGAACGUGAUGGAGUUGGCAUCUCAGCAUAUGGACUUUUUGACUUCGCGAGAUGCCAUCAUCCAACCUCACGAACCACUAUAUGCUCAAGUUCAAGCAAUGCUUCCAUGGCAGCUCACUCGGGUGCAGGUCGCUCGAAGACCUUUGGUGAAUCGACAUCCAUUGCAUUUUCCAUACACCCAUCGAGGCGCAGCUCUCAGGUACGUGGACAAUCCUGAAGUUGAUGUCAUCACUGAGGACUUGACUGAACUCAGAUUCCCACGUUCACGCUUCAAGGCACCUGUUGAGUUGGGCAUCUUCUGGUAUGGGUACCCCAAUGAGAUUGAUGAGGAACAAGGUAUCCCAGCCGAAGAGGCCAUGAUGCGAGAUGGAGUUCCUGUGGAUGAGGCAGGCAACUUUCAGCCAUCUCAAGCUUCACAACCAAUUCAGAACUCCGAGAUUUACCAUGAUGAAAUCACUUUUCCCAACUCCACAGGCAUCGACAGAUCCAUCAAGGUGUCGGUGUCGAGAAUGCACAAGAACCUUGGACAUCUUCCAGGUCCAGAGAUGCUGAAGCUGCUGGCUUUGAAUGGCAUCACCAGCGACCAGGUGAUCAAAUGCAUCAAAAAUAUGCAAUGUGCAGCUUGCGCUCGCUCGCGAGCUCCACUUCGACCAAACCCAGCAGCGGCACCUCCACAGUGCAUUGGGCAAUUUGCUGACAACCUCCAGGCGGACAUCUUCUACCUGAGGGAUUUGACUUCCAAGAACCAUCCGGUUCUUGGGGUGAUUUGCGAAGCAACUCAUUUGCAUGCUGCCACAAGGUUGACUUCCAGGAAUCCAUCUGAGGUUUUUGAUGCACUUCGACUUUGCUGGCUUCAGAAUUUUGGAUUUCCUUUGAGGCUUGCAGUUGAUGAUGAUGGCGCCUUCAAAGCUGAGUUUGACGAAAAGAUGAGCGCAGGUGGCACCUAUCUAGAUGUCAUCCCAGGAGAAGCUCACUACAAGCUGGGCGUGAUCGAGCGUCACAAUGGAACGCUUAGAAUGCUCCUGGAGCGCAUCGUGGACUCCAUGCCUUGCACCGAUGCGGAUGACAUUGACUUGGCCAUUGUUUCAGCACUUCAGGCCAAGAACUCAGCUCAGCAGCAAUCUGCCCUGAUGAGAUGCGAAGCGUUGAAAGCAAUUGCAGAGGCCUCAGCAUCUUCGACUUUGAGAAGGGCAUUGCUUCGCAAAACUUCACAGCAGCUGCAGCUUGAGCCCCAGCCAGGAUCCCUCUUGGCAUACUGGCGAUGGACUACACGUUCUCAUCGCAAACGUGGAGGAUACCGCAUUGCGCGGUAUUUGGGAAAAGAUCCAGAUGGCAAAACUCUGUGGCUUCAAAGUGGCAGUCAUACUGUCAAAGUUGCUGACACCCAAGUUCGAGAUGUCUUCGGCUAUGAGGACUAUGUCCCUGAUCGUCAAGAUCUUCAAGCUCUCAAGAAUGCGGAGGACAACAUCAGGUCAGAUUUGUGGACUGACGAGACCCUUCCAGAAGAAGUUCAUCCACCUGACCAAGUCGCUGAAGCUUCUGGGGAAUUGGACUUGGACUUUGAGUACCCAGAAGUGAAUGCGCCAAUUCCAGUUGUGGAUCUCACAGAUGAUUUGGAUGAUCCGGGACAAUUUGUUCCACGGACUCCGCCAGAACUGAUGGAAGAUGCACAGCAAGCAGCACAGGAUCCCUAUCAGGAUCAAAUUGAAGCAACAUCAGUCUUGAAGCGGCCAUUUGAAACCCUGGCAGCACAACUCACACGAGCCAGAAGAGUUGCACAGAGGUCCUACGAGCUCUACAACUACCGCAGCUUCUAUGGGCCACCUCUUCAAGGCUUACGCUGCUGGGCAAGGCUUGAUUUGCUCACCAAAUCGCCCAAGAAGACAAUGUCCACUGGACCACCCAUGUCUUCAGUGAAAUGGAGGCGCACUUUGGACGCCACAUCGGGCGACAUCAUUUUUGAAGGUCCCUUCAACGACAAUGACGAUGAAGAGGCCCAUCACUUUGGAUCAGAGUUGAGCACCCUGACGGAACUAUGGCAUGUUGGUGCGAAACAAGCUCCCAGCUUCUUUGCGAGCGAUCGUGAGCUCAACUCCUUUGAGCCUGGAUGGGAUGGCAGCCCUGACAAUUGCCUCCCAAGCUCUUCCAAGACCUUCAUCACUGCCUAUGUCAACGAGCUUGCGGAGAAAGAAGACGACUUUGAAACGACACUUUCAGAGUCAGAUGAAGAGUUUGAUGACAUGUCGAAAGGCAUGCCUAGAAAAACCAGGAAAGAGCAAAAGGCUCAGGAGAAAGAACUUAGCUGGCGAGAAAUCAUGCAGCAGUCUGACGACUAUAUCCAAGCCUUCGUCGAAGCCACCAUCAAGGAGGCAAACAGCUUCACCACUUGGAAGUCCCUGCAGCCGAUUCCUGAAGAUGAAGCUCGGCGCAUCCUGAAUGACCCGAAGUUGAAGAAGCGCAUCAUCACUUCCAGGAGAUGCUAUCGGGACAAGAACAAGAAUGUUCCACCGCUGAAGGCCAAGACCAGAAUAGUCUGUCGUGGCAACCAAGACCCUGACCUAGUCAACUUGACGAGACAGGCUCCAACUCCAACGAGGACUUCAGAGAUGUUGGUGUACAUCAUCUUUGUUUCUGGCGCCAAUUCAAAGGCUUUUGGAAGUCGAGAUGUUUGGCUUCUUUGGUGCGGAGACGCCUCCACUGCGUUUCUCCAAGGGGAUCCAGAUUGGUCAGAACGAGCAGGCAAGCUAUUGGAAGCAAUAGGCUUUAUUUGUCAUUCUUUUGACAAAAUGUUGUUUUGGUUCCCUGAUCCACACAACGCUCCUGCACCUUGCGCUUUGCUGAUCUGCUAUGUGGAUGAUUUUCUGCUCACUCACAACUCCAGCUUCCCCUUUGAGAAGUUCCAAGCCAGCUUCAAAUGGGGAUCCCAGCAGUAUGCGCAGCCCGGAGCACCUCUCACGUUCAAGGGCAAAGAGAUCCAUAUAUGUCAUGAUGAGAAGAACGAGCUCUAUGUCAAGAUCACUCAGACUACAUUCAUCAACAGUCUGGACAAGGGCAUGAAAAUUCCGAAAGGUAAGAUGAGUACGAAGAUCUCUGAUGAGCAUUGGCCUGAGUUUCGGUCAGUGAGCGGAUGUCUUCAAUGGUUGGCAGGACAAUGCAGGCUUGACUUAGCCAGCGCAGUUUCCUUGUCAAAUCGUGGGUCCGAGACGACCUAUGCUGAUCUGGAUGCCCUCAACCAGACAUUGGACUUUGCGAAGUCAACUGCAGAACUUGGCAUUUGCAUCCGGGCUGUCCCCAUUGAUCAGAGCACUGUGAUUGUUGGGUACAGUGAUGCAUCCUGGGCGAACGCACAGGGAUCUGCCAGCCAACAUGGACAGAUCAUCAUGUUGACCUCUGCGAAUGAGGAAGGUGCGCACGACAGUUUGCAGUCUUUGGUAUCGAAGGAGCAUCUGCCAGCCUGCGAUGAGGAUGAAAGUCACGUGGCGCGCCGUAUUUCUUCCGAUGAGCGGGCCAAGUGGAGGUCCAGCUUCAACCGAUUUCGACAUGAUGGAGAGAUCCACCGAGACGACUUAAACAAGGCCCUGGCACAUUGUGGCUUUGACGACCGACGCCAAGCCUUAAUCGAUGAAGCCCUGGAGCAAGUCACGCGCUACACGGCACUGAACCGAGAGGAGUUCAUGCAGUUCGUCUGCCUCUACGAGUCGCGACUUCACGAUUUAUAUCGCACGGAGUUCCUAAAGUAUGAGACCAGCCCAGGUGCUAUGUCAGUGCAGAGCCUUCCACUUUUGCUGCAGGAACUGGGCUUGGAACCCCGUCGCGUGGUGCUGGAAGAGUUGUUGAAAGAAGUCUGCCGUGCUGGGAGGCCCGAAGUGCUGGGUUUCCGAGAUGUGGCGGCGGUCAUGGAGCUUCUAAGGGCACGUGAAGGUUUCCUGGUGGCCGAAUUGGACCGCUUCCGCGGAGUCUUCCAGGACUUCGACAGUGAUGCCUCGGGUGAUAUGUGCGCGGGGGAGCUGGGGAGUGCGUUAUCCUGGCUGGGAUUUCCUUACACCAACGACAAGGUCCAGAGCCUGUACAAGGAAAGCGACAUGAAUGGCAACGGAGUGCUCAGUGAGUCGGAAUUCGUGAUUUGCCUGCGGCAUAUCCAAGAUGCGGAGCUGUCGACGAUACGCCAAUUCCUGCGAGAGCGAGCCGUGGCCAACGGCUACGGCCAGCGCAUUUCUUCAGUCAGAGAACUGGAGGCGCUGUUGAUCAAGUUGGGAUAUCAAGCGUCAGCUGCAGCUUUGAUCGAUGCGAUGCAAGAGGCUGGAUUUUGUGGCAAGACAGAUCCAGAGCAAUUGAUCGAUUUGAGCGGGAUUCGCAUGGACAUGGACGAUGUAUGCACCUUGCUGCACUGCCUGCGUAAUCGCGAAGGCUUCACAGAUGCCCAGAUGAACGACCUCCGCAAAGCCUUCCAAAGGAACAAGAGCGACGACACCGAAAGGAUUCCGACCUCCGUGUUGCACAAGGUUCUCAGGUGGCUUGGCCAUUGCUAUACCUUCGACCGGGCACAACAACUGAUCUAUGAGGCCGAUCCCAUGGGAGACCAGUUGGACUACACCACGUUUGUGAAGUUGGUCCGCAAGUGUCGCGACUUCGACCGCCACGCCGCGGUGGCUGCCUUUCACGCAGCUGAUGAGUCGCGCUCAGGGGUCCUGGAGCCCUCCGAGCAGCUGGAGGCCUUGUCCACCAUUGACCUGGCGGAGUUUCAUCACCUGCCAGGGCCCGACGAGAAGGACUUUACGUUGGAAAGAUUUCUGCUACGGGUCUCCAAAUACCAGGAGGAUCGGCUGCUGUUCCUCCGAAAAUUUUACUGCUUCACCGUGGCGGAGUAUGAAACUUUAAGGUGCCACUUCAACCGCAGCGACAAGGAGGGCAACGGAACGCUAAGAAGGUAUGAACUGGCUCGUUUGGUGGAGACGCUGUUCCCGCACCAAUCGCACAUGCCGGAGUUUCGCCCAAUCUUGGUCAAGCUACUGAAGGAGGCGAACGCCGACAAGAGUCCUGCCACGGAUUUGAUGGCGCUGCUGGCGGUGACUCGAAAGAUCAAGGACGAGAGUGAUGUUUACCACUGCUCGGUAUAUCAAAAGACGCUGCAGAGUCUGAAUUUCAGCUGUCGAGAGGCGGCUGAGUUCCUGAGCAUCUACUUGCCCAUCACGGAGGAAGGCAGCCGUCCAGUGACCUGCGAGGACAUGCUGAGCCUCUUCAUUCGCUCCUUCGAGAUGACAGACGGCGAGUGUCAGUUGCUGCAAGCCGUGUUCAACGAGGUUUUGGAGGAGAAAGGCAGCGGCAACAUGGUAAAUCUAGGCAGCAGGGGUGAGCCUGGUCUCGAUUUCUUGGGCUUUAUGCUGGUCAUGCGCCGUGUCAUUGAAGUGGGCGUCGCCACCAUUGCCAACUGAGGCUGUCAAACUGGCCAUGAGACAAGGGAUUGGGAAACCUGCAGGACACCGGAGGGUAACAUCAUUCAAUUCACAGAAUGCAUAGAAUGCCGAGAUCCGGGAUCUGAUGCAAGACGUCCAUUGAGAAUGGGC